UUGUCUCCUCUCCCUGUCCUCCUCACAAUUGCUUCACAAUGGGUGUCCCCUUCGAGGCUUUGCUCCCUUAUGGCAUCAUCAUCGGCUUUAUGGGCGUGACCGGUGCCGGUCUCACCGCCGUCAAGUACUGGUCCAACGAGGGAAAGACCGCUCGCUGGAACCGGGAUCUGUGGGAUAGACAAAUGAUGGAGAGAGAUCUUAGACUUACGGGAACCAUGCGAGGCCAAUCAAGCAACGAGGUGGCCCCCAAGGGAUUCGAGCUCAGCAAUCCCUGGAAGGUCGAAAAACGGAUUUACUAGGCCGGAUCGACAUGGGUCGAGUUUGGCGUUAUGUCCUUGUCCACGUUGUAUUUGUUCAGCCGCAGUUUUCUUUACUUUCUUGAAAUACAUAUCCACAAGCUCUAGAAGAAAUUCUAUCUGUACAGCACUCC